GAAUUACGCGAUUAAGUGUGAAAAAUGUGCUCGAUUUCGAUGAAAGUAAAUGUACACAUGUGAGUGUGCUUUAUUUAAUGCCAGAGUAACAGCAAUCGACCGCUGUGUGUUUGUGUGUAUGUGAACUAGCAACAGUUCAACGAAAAGCAGCAAGAUGAAUUGCCUCUGCCGCCCCUCGCGGAUUAUGUCCGUGCGCAUCAAUCUGCUGGACGAAACGGAUUUCUUACACGAAAUCAAGGAUGAUUUACCGGGCCAAGCGUUGUUGGAUGUUGUUUUCGCCAGACUUAAUUUAAUCGAAACUUCAUAUUUCGGCAUACGAUAUAUUGACGAGGAGAAUCAGACGCAUUGGCUGGAUCCAGCGUCUCGUAUAUCACGACAACUCAAACCCAAGUCAGAUCCAUAUGAUUUGUAUUUUGGUGUAAAAUUCUAUGCAGCAGAUCCGUGUAAAUUACUCGAGGAAAUUACGAGGUAUCAACUGUUUCUACAAGUGAAGCAAGAUGUCCUACAAGGCAGAUUACCGGUUGCAUUCGAGUUGGCUGCAGAAUUGGGAGCGUUCGUUGUGCAAUCCGAAUUGGGGGAUUACGAUCAGCGGCGUCACUCCAAAGGUUAUGUGUCCGAGUUUCGUUUGCUGCCGAAUCAGAGCAGCGAACUGGAAACACGUGUCGCCGAACUUCAUCAGCAAUUAAUGGGCAUGUCACCGGCGACAGCGGAGCUAAAUUAUUUAGACAAAGUUAAAUGGCACGAUAUGUACGGCGUGGAUUUGCAUCCGGUGUUGGGCGAGGACAGCGUCGAGUACUUUCUGGGCCUGACGCCAAGUGGCAUUGUGGUGCUGCGCAACAAGACGACAGUGGCUCAUUACUAUUGGCCGCGCAUUGCCAAAGUUUACUACAAAGGACGCUAUUUCAUGCUGCGGAUAAGCGAUAAAAAUAACGAGCUCAGCACCUAUGGCUUUGAGACGCCGCGAAAAACAGCUUGCAAGCAUUUGUGGCGCUGCUGUGUGGAGCAUCACGCCUUCUUUCGCAUGGUGCGCAUCGCGCCUUUGCCGAAUUCGCAAUCGAAUAAUUCGGAUUUAUUUCAACUCGGUUCGCGUUUACGCUACAGCAGUCGCACGGAGAAGCAGCCCUCGGCCAAGGAUGCACUCUCGCUGGGCCGCAUACAGCCGGCAUUCACACGUGUCCCCUCGAAGCGCCAGCCAAGACGCGUGAUUGAUGAUUUUCUGCACGGCAGUAGAAGCGCCAACAACACCCUGAAAGGCAAAACGGUCGGCGGUCACAGCAACGGCGGCAUAGGCAGCAGCGUCACCGACAGCGGUGUCUACCAGAACGGUGGCGGCGGCGGCGGUGUUGGCGCGGGCAUGCAAGCGGCCAACAUGAUGCCCAACAACUACGAGAGUCCCUACCGCUCCACGUACAGCAUACCAACGAGCCUCGGCAUACGUCCGUACCAUCAGCAAUCCCAGCUGGGCAACAACGGCGGUGGCAGCGUUUGCAACAGUAAUUUGCAAACACCUGAUUCACCGCGCAGCACGCGCAGCGCACCAUGGCCACGUUCCCAACAGCGUUCACUAUUCGGCAAUAAUCCCUCAAGUCCGCGCUCGGUGCGUUCGGCGAUCGCAGGCGGUGGCGGUGGUGGUGGUAGCGGCUCGCAUCAUCACCAUCAACACCAACACCAUCACCACCAGUCCGGCGGCUCGUCACAGCAUCGGCAUUCGUCGCGUUCAGCGCAUCGCGAUCAUGUAUCUUCAUCCUCGACAUCUGCACAUCAGCAGCGCUAUCGUUCGAGUUCGGUGGAGAGCCAUUCAUCAAACGAUUCACGUUCGACGCGCAGACAUAAGCAUCGCCAUCGGCGUACCUCCGAUAAUGAGAGUGAAUUAUCGCGUGGAUCUGGCCGUUCAGGUCGUUCGCAUCAUCGCAAGCGUCGUCGUUCGCGUCACCGUCGCGACUCUGCCGGUUCGGAGCAUGAGAGCACGCGCGGUCGCAGUUAUUCGGGCCACCGUUCGUCAUCGGUGCGCAGCGGUUCGGCGGAGUUAAUCGAUUCCACAUUACAGUGGCGCGAAGUACAACGCCGCCAGGCUGAGGCUAGUAUGGGUCAAAGUUCCGUACAGCAGGCGUCCGUCUCGAAGAGUAGUGUGGUGGCGCGCAGCAUGCACAGCAACGAUAGUCAUUCGGAUACGCAUUCGCAUCACAAAUCACGGCGACAUCGCAAGAACAAAUCUCCCUCCGAUUCGCGCAAUCGCAUUUGGUCUAGUGAACUAGCGAAACAUUUGCAAUUUGGUCUAGUCGAUACCGCUGGCAUGACUGAGGAUCAGCUACGCGAAAUACCCUACACGGUGGUGGAGACAAAUUCGAAACGUUCCACAAUGAAUAUGAAGAUCCACAAGAGCGGCAGUAAGGGUAGCGUGGGUGGCAAGAGCACUGGUUCGGGUAAUACGAUAACAAACGGUAGCGGUUCAACGAGCGGACAAGGCAAAAAUCGUGUGGAUCGCAUUAGAGGAAAAUGUGAAUCCGGUCAACCAAAUCUCAACAAUGAUCGUAUCAGAUUGUAUUUCCAAAGUUCGAAUGUGACUGAUAAUACGAGUGGCCGAAACGGAUCUAUACGCUCCGCCAGCACAAUAUCGUCAAGAGAAUGUGAACGGAAUAGCGGCUUAGUAAGAAUGAUGUCCAGCAUGAGUAUGGGCGACUUCAUCUCACCGACAGGCUCUAAUCUCAGCCCACUAGAGAAUUCAGCGUUGCGUGUUUCACACGAACACACCGAUUCCGGACUCGGAGCCGAUCAAGACUACGCCUAUUCCUCCGAACGAUCUAGCGAUAGUACACGGUACGGAACCAAUAAAUCUUCGGGCGCCUCGAGCGGCAGUCAUCGCAAGUCCAUUGGCGGCGGUGGAGGAGGCGGAGGCGGCGGCGGUGGCACAUCCACUUACAACAGCUUAAUGCAACAAACUGUGAGUAAUCAGCAAAUGCAACACCAACAACAACAACAGGCUACGCCACGCCAAACUUCAUGCUUUGCACAACGCCAACCACAACAACAACAACAGCCAUCACAAACGAAACCCAUUUACAAUAACCCCAACUCCAACCAUCAAAUGGGUAAAUCGUUGGCGCCCAUACACACCUCAUCAUCCAACUCCCACGGUCCCACGUCCCUUGCUUCCGCCCAUCAUACGGCCACUAACCUUACUAACGCUAAUGAGAAAUGCGCCUCAAAAGCCGCACACUCAAGCGCAAACAACAGUAACAACAACAACAACAGUGGUAGCAACAACAGCGGUGUUGGCAAUCGUCUACUGAACUACACCACAUUCGAGAAUAAUCAAUACAAAUUCAGUUUGAAUAAUGUUUUUGGCAAAUCGACUGGUGCGUCAGCCGGCAACGGUCAUAACGGCAGUAGUGGUAACGGUAGUAGCGGUAAUAUUACAGGUGUUCUUAGUGGUGGUGGUUUUGGUGCUAUUGAUAAUGCUUAUGGUUGUGGUAGUAAUUUAAGUUCUAGCACCAAUCGCAUGGAUAGCUUUGUCGAAUGGCCGAAUACGCCUGCAGCGCCCUACUACUAUCAAGGACCGUCGUCGGUCGCCGGUUUGCACAUCAAGAAGCGCGACGCCAAAUCGGAUAUCGGCGUGCCGACAAGACGACUCUCCGGACAGGCCAUCACCAAAACGCAGCUCCUGACCGGUCAGAUGCCCGCAUCGAGCUACUAUCACACACCGGCGCCCGUACACACCGCUGGCAUGGGAGGCUUCGAUGCGCGUCUCCAUCCCGCCAAGUCCGAUCUCUUUCUCUCCUACAUACAUCACGGCGCCGGCGGCGGCACUGCCGAGUACGAGCGUCCCUACAUCUACAACUACAAAAUGCCGCAAAUGCCCGAUUUUCUACGUGGCACUGGGCAAGCGCAGCCACAGCCGCAGCAGCAGCAGCAACAACAUGCGUCGCCGGAGUUGCAUCCACAAAUGUCAGCUUAUCACAUUUCGGGCGCUCAAACCGCCGAUCCGCCACCACCGCAGCAAGCGCUUUACAAGUCUGCAUUCGGCGGCAGCAGCGGUGCGGGCGGUGUGGAGAGCGCUAUGCUUUAUGGUGGCGCCACACCUGCCACCGAUGUGCUCUACUACCAGUUCGACAACGGUAAGCCGCCCAUUGUGCAACAGCCGAAAUCUUUGCUGCACAAGACCGCAAACAAUGGCGCUGGCGGUGGUGGCGUUGCCGGCGGUGGUGUUGUCGGUCCAUUGGUAUUCCUGCAGCAUGCCACAUCGUCAGCAGCAUCAGCGUCAGUGCAGCAGCCGCAAACUUCCACCGGUGGUGGUAAUCAGUCCAGUACAACACCAACAAGCACAACACAAUCGUCAAACUGCAGCGAAGGCAGCAUCGACGAGCACAACGAAGAUGAGCUCGAAGACGUGCCAGAAGUCGAGGAGGAAGACGUGGAUGAACACUAUGCCAGAGAGGGGGAACCUUCAGCGCAGAAGGACGCCUACAACGUUGAACUUACGCGAAAUGAUGAAUUGCUGGCAAUAUCGCCCGCCGAUAGCGCUAGCGGCAACAAUAACUAUAGCUGCAACGCGGCAGACUCCUUAGAGGUUAUCGCCAGCGCCGACGUUGGCGCCGGUGAUUCCCUCGCGGCCAAUUACAAUCUCGAUAAUUGCAAUGCCAACGCCAAUGCCAAUAGCAAUGGCUGUGCCGGCAAUUUGUCUUAUAAUACCAAUGUUAAUGUGAAUGCCAACACCAACAACACCAAUCCCCGCACCAGUAGCAACAACACAUCCCCAACCAAUUGUAGUGCCCCGAAUGCAAAUGCAACGCCUAAUCGCAAUCGAUGCAACAUUUCGCAAAUCAAUCAAAAUCAAAAUCAAAAUCACAACCAGAAUCUCAAUCAGAAUCAGAAUCUGAGUCAAAAUCAAAAUCAAUAUUUGAGUCACAAUUCGAAUUCGAAUCAAAAUUCGUUAGCACAAAAUCGCAACCAAAAUUCCAUGCAAAAUUCCAAUGCGAAUGUGAGCACAAUUCACAACCAAACGAAUCCAAGUAUUUCCUCCAGUCUAGAGAUUAUACUCUCACCUAUAAUACAAAGUAGUCGACGGGCGCAAUAGCCGGCGAAAUGAGCACGGAAUUAUGAGAAUUAGCCAAAUUCAAUAGACGUCAAUAGCCGAAUGUAGAGCAGCAAACAACAACAGCAACGCCAAUAGCACGCGCUGGCAAAGUAACCACAAUAGAGGGAGCACUAGCGCUUGUCGAACAAGAGCAGCAGCGGCAGCUAAGUGCAGAUUUUCCACAACAACAACAACACUGGCAGCAAUAUCACGACUUGAUGCACGAGCAACAACCACAACAGCCGCUGGCGCCGCCACCGAGCGCGUUUUGCAAACACUGGCUACAACAACAGCAGCUACAGCAUGAAGAGCAACAAAACAGUACACAGCAACAACAAUAGUAACGCAUGUAGCAAAAAUACAAGCGCGCUUAGCGGCGGCAACAGCAACGAGUAUAUGCACAGUGGCAACAGUUGCAUGCAACAAGCACUGCUCUACACAGUUUCAGCUGAAAUAUUAACUAGCACAGCAACAAGCAAGCAACAAGAGGCAGAACAUGAGUACAGCGGCAACAGCGACAGCAGCGGCAGCAGCUGGAGGGAAAAAGUUAGCAAAAAGCGAGCAUUUGCAGCAAGUGCAGUUGAAUAGUUUCGUUGCGGCGCCCAAAUGGUUGCGGUUGUGGUAAAAAUGCAUAUGUAAAUAUGUAUAGUAUAUGUGUGUGUGUGUGUGGAACUUGCAACAGAGUAUCGGUAACUGGUAUAAUAAAUACAGUAAUAUGUUUGGAAAAUAAAAUAGAAAAAUAGUGAAUGAUUUAAAGUAAAAUGUUGCAAGCAGCAACAACAGCAACAUAAUAAAAACAACAAUAUUUUUAGCUAGCUGUAAGCGAUACAAGCUUUCAGUAAGCUCGCAUCACAUCACAUCAUUUGCAUGCGAUUCGGUAUUUGUGUAGUGUAGCAUAGUUUCAGGCGCACUAUUUGAAAAGUUGCAAAGCUACUUACGUUUCGCCAAGUAAAUUGGCAACAAAGCGAAGCAGCAGUAAAAUAAAUGCUGCAUACUUGUAUCUUGUUGCAUAAAUGCUGGAAAAGUCCCAAAGUUGUUUUCAUUUUGUUUAGAGAAAACGGAAAUAUUUGAACGAAGCUUUGCUUCAGUGGAGUGUUUUGAGCCUUUAAGUCCAUUUGAUAUAUACAAAUUUUGCUACAAGUUGCGCAUAGUUGCAGAAAAUAUAGCAAAUCAAAAUAUUUAAACGAGACUCUCAACAAAUAAGCAACACAUUUAGAAAAAGUUUCAUGUUUCGCAGCAAAUAUUUAUAUAUUUACUCACUUUAGUAUUAAGCGAAGCAGCUGAUGCCCAAGAAACGCUGGUUGCCUCUUACUCUAUGCUCCCUCGUUAAUUGUGUUGCCAUCUCGAGUGAGUUUGUACCCAAAUUUAAUGCCGCUGCGCAUCAGGGCGUGACAACGACCUCCAUUAAAUGCAAAGGAAAUUGAUUUUUAUGCAAUUUCUGAUGUGAGGCUAUUAAACAUUUAUGGCGCACUUCUAUCUGUUCGGUUUAGCAGCUGCUUUGUACGAAUUUGUUGAGUGGAAUUUUAUGUUUCAAUCGUAAAAGUAUUAGUUGAUGUUAAACAAAUGUUUUUAUUAUGAGUUGCUGUACAAGUAAAGGGUAGCGCCGGAGCAUGUGAAGAUAUUAACGGGUUUACAAGCUGAUGGCAAUGUGGCAGAAUGCGUGACAACGAUUUUUAAAAUGUUUAGUCUGCAAUAAUUACCCUUGAAGUUUUCGGGAUUUGAAAAUAAUUUUUUCGGGAUCCCGAAAUGUUUCGGGAUUCAUGGACUGUUUUUCAGAUUAGUAUUAGUUGUGCCUGUAAUAACAGUAUAAGUAAUACUUUUUUAUGAAAAAAUUCUAUGCUUUCAAUAAAUUGCAUUGAAGUUUUCGGGAUCCCGAAAUAUUUCGGAAUUCGUAAGCUACUAUUCGGAGCAGAAUUAAUAUUUUCCCGUAAACGCAGAAGUAAUAUUAGUUUGUUCCUGUAAGCGCACUCAAAACUAAUAUUUGGAAAAUUACUCUUUGUCUUCAAUGUAUUAAAUUGGAAUUUUUGCAUUUUGUAAAUCAUGCAUAUCGGGAUCCCGUUCUGUUUCGGCAUUCAAAGCCUGUUUUUUAGAGGGAUAUUAGUUUGUUCCUGUACUAACACAGAAUAAUAAUUUUUAUGAAAAAAUGCUUAAGAAGAAGAAGAAGAAUUCGGGACUUGUAAAUCAAAUCUGCGGGAUUCCGAAUGUUUUCUAAUUUUUUGCUUAACGUGCCUUUCGCCUUCACGCUAAUUGAAAAGCACAAUGCUGCGAUUUCCGUUAUAUAAACAAAAAAACAAAAAUUUAAAUUACUCCAAAGCAAACUAGUUAUGGACCAGCCACUGCCAACAUUCUUGUAAUCUACUUCGCUCGCUUUACCUAUCAUCUACUACAUGAACAGCGAAAAGCACGUUGCGGUCAUGUUUAAUACAAGAAAAUAAAAGCAAAA